AUGUCAGCAGAAUCUUAUUGGACAGUAACGACUGGUCAUGCAAAUCGAACUGGCUGGAGUUGUCGUGAAUGUCAUGCUGUAAUAUACCAAGGCGAGCCAAUAGUGAUACGCGAUGGGCGUAAGCUUCGCUUAAUGUAUCAUGAACGUUGUUAUAGUGGUGUUUCAGAUCCACGCACACAAUCUGGUAGCUCUUACCACGACCAAAAAUGGACAAAUACUCAACCUAUUCAACAAAAAGCACCACCGGUCAAAGGGUAUGGUAAAUGGAGUUGCAGUGAAUACGGUUAUAAAGGUGAUUUAUAUGCACCGGUUUCAAAUGUAAAAAAUAUGCGAUCAAGAUCUAAAGAAUCAAAUGGAACAGCGACAUCGCUAUCACCUGUCCGAAAAACCGGACAUUCAAGCCCACCUAGGAAGAGUUUCUAG